AUGGACCAUAAACAGCUUCUUCAAUCAUAUCGAGAUGAAAUAAACAAAUUACAUUCGAGAUUAUCUCAACUAGAAGUCAAUUCAGUUGAACAACGAGCUUCUGAUGAAGUAAGUAAAUGGCGACAAACUUUCGAUACAACUGCAUCAAAAGGAAUGGAACAAAUACUUAAUAAAAUGGAAAAAGAGAAACAAGCAGAAGUCAAUCAACUAACUAGCGAAUUACGAGAUUCACUGAACGAAUUCAGAGAACAUCAGUUUAGUCGUCUUGCUGAACUUGAUGCUUUUAUCUUAAAAAUAAAUCCUGAUGAUGAAAUUCAAUUCGAUUAUGUUAAAUUUCAACUUGAUUCAAUUCUUAGUACAGUAAAUUCUCUUCAUAUCAAUAUUACUGCACAAACAGUUAAUCGAUCGAACCGACGACGUUUAUCAACUCCACUUGCUCAAAAUGGACUUGAACUAACUAAAGUAUUUGAAUUCAAAACUCCAGAAGUCCCUCCUAGUUUUAUGGAUCGACAAAAAAAUUUUGUUCGUCGUCUGUCAAGUGCUGGUGCAAGUUAUUACAACGUCUAUGGCACAUAA